AAGCCGCUUCGUUUGGGCCAAGAUGUAUCAAUUAAGCAUGUAUAAUACCACAGCUAACUGCAAUGUUCUCUCGGGCGUCAAUCUUGCACACUUGGACCGAGCGGUGUGAUGUACAAGUUGAACCAUCACGUGGAUAUCACGGCGUCCAGCAUCGGCAACAGCCGAAUACUCCUUGGGCAUCUUGGAACGUGCCAUCACGAAGAUUUCAACCCGCCUCGCAGUGAUGCCAGCCCGACGCACUGGUCCCUUGGCGUCGGCAGCGCACUAUGCUUCUUGACACUGGCAACACGCCCCCCACGGCCAUCAGGAGAGCCCGACGAGGCAUCGACGAUAAAUAGGGCACGUUCGUCUCUGGCGAGCACGUUCUCAGCAAUUUUCGCCGCUAGUCGUGCCACCCGGGCGUCUCAGCGCUCUCGGCAUCUCCGCCACCAUACUGCCGCCCCGGUUACCUAUCAGUCAUCUCGCGUCGUGGCAUUCAUCGCGCGUCGGGGCAUUCAUUGGGCGUCCCGUCGUCAUCCCGCGGCGAGGCAUCCAACUGUGAUUCAACUUGCGCCUAGACUCAGUCGCUCGCGAUUCACACCACACAAACACCGAACAGACCAGUACGCGUACACCGGGCAAAGGCCCUGCACAAACGUAACGCGCUCUUAUCGGCGGCCUUGCCCUGAUUCGCCGUGCAUUGACCAGGACGCGUUUGUGGGGACCGAAAUAGACGGCGUGGCGCGGGCUUUAUAGAUCGGCGUGGCGUGGGCUUUAUAGGACGCUGACGCGACCGGGAGCUUCGUCUGCAACCCUCGUCUCCUUCGGCAUCGUUCAACUCUGUUGACACCGCUCACCUCCCUCUUCAACACCUGCUUUAUGUCUACUUCGGUGAUGGCGUCGGCGUCUGUGGCUGCACCCUACAAGGCGGGCGCGUCGUCGCGCCCGGCGCUGCUUCAGCGGAAUUCCUAUCAGUCUGACAUGUCGCGCAAGUCGUCGAAGGCCCGUGUCAUGGAGGUCUUUGAGGUGGGGACGAGUCCGCUAUGCGUGGAGUCCCUUAUUGACACGCCAC